AUGACAGGCCUGCUCGCCAAGCUUCUCGGCCUCUCCGCCUACACAGGCCUCGUCGCCGUCACCCUUCCCUACAUCCAACAGCACGACAUCCCCUCUCGCCUCCUCGCAUCCCUCGACACCCUCCUCUCGCCCCCGGCAGACGACACUUUCGUCCAAGACACCCCUGCGGAGCCAUUUGUCUGCCACGCCCAGAACUACACAACCCAAAUCGUCUCCCUCAACCCGCUGGUCAUCUACAUCCACGACUUCCUAAAUGACGCCGACAUCGCCGGCCUCCUCGAGGCAGGCGAGCCCGAGUUCCGCCCCAGCUACGUCGUCAAGAACGGCGUCACACAGGGCACGCCGGACCGGACAUCCUGGUCCGCCGGGCUGCCGAUCGACAACGCCGCUGUGCAGUGCGUGCUGAAGCGCGCGGAAGGGUUCAUGGGCACGACGUUGGCGCCGGGGCGGGACGAGAUCGGCCCGCCGCAGCUGGUGCGGUACACGGCGGGGCAGCGGUUCAACGUGCACCACGACUGGUACGAGUCGUUCCAGCGGGACGCGCGGACGGGUCGGGACCGCAGGUGGAACCGGAUCGCGAGUUUCUUUGCCAUCCUGCAGGACGAGUGCACGGGGGGCGACACUUGGUUCCCCAUGGUCCGAGCCGUGACGCCGCAGCACAUGGCAGAGGAGAGGGAUUGGAGGCGGCACGAGGACGGCGGGCUCGCGUUCAGGCCCGUCAGGGGAAAUGCGGUGUUUUGGGUGAAUCUGCACGAGAACGGGACGGGCGACGAGAGGGUCGUGCACGCGGGGCUGCCGGUGGGAUCGGGGUUGAAGACGGCGAUGAACAUUUGGCCGAGGAGGUAUCUCGGUCCCGAGGCGUGGGCGGAGGGUGAGGAGCCUCGGGAGGAGGAUAUCGUGGUGGGUGGUGAGAGUCGCCUGGCGGAGGAGGAGGAGCUGGUUGUUGAUGACGCUGAGGUUGAUCCGAUUUAG